AUGGCAGGAAGGACGUCCCAGCAGAGCUUCGAGGAUGAGCCUGGAGCCUCGUCCUCUCAGAACUUCCUGGAGAAGGAGGAGGACUCGGGGCUUCUGUCCCAGCAACAGCAGGCCUCCAGUUUAACGGGCAGUGAGCCCAUCAGCAACUCUGGCCGCUCCCAUGGGCCCCUGGUGAACUUGGAGUACCUGCCCUUCUUCCGCACCUAUGGGCAGCUCCUGACUGAGGAGUCGGCCCUGCAGCCAGAGGUUGGGAGGGACCGAGGAGGAGCCUGGAGUACCAGGGAGGCGCCAUCCUGGGAGGACUCUGAACCACCUGGUGGGCUCUUCCCUUACUACCGCUCCAAAGAGGAGAAUUUUCCCAGCCUUUCUUCUAGGGCCUUCCAAGACCCGCCCACCGGAAGGGAGGCGCGGGCUGGCUGCUUCCACAGGACAGUCAUCAGCGGGAGCUCUGCUGCCUCGGCAGGCCUGGACCCGGUCUCUGAGUCCUCACCCAUCUGCUGCACCAUCCUGCUGGUCUCUGCAGGGCACUCCCAUGACAACAGCCUGGACAUCACUUUCUCAAGCAAUGCUGCCCCCAGUGGCCACACCCUAUGUGACUCAGGAUUCAUGCCUUACUACAGAACCCCUGAGGAGAAGCUGCACACCAGCCGGGGGCCUGCUGACUCUCUGCGGGUGGCCAAGAGGCCACAGGGCAGGUGCCCAGGCCCGGUGCCGCCACACUGUAAGGACCCAAAGCCGGCAGCAGCGAGAGUUGAGUCCCCAGCCCCUGCUGAUCAGUGA